AUGCUAAAGACCUGCAGCUAUUUGCCUUGUACAAUUUGCUCAUUUCUCUUUAUUCUGUUUUCCUGCACUCAUCACUUAAAGGACAAUCUUUCUUGCAAACAAAAUCCCUGGAGCCUGAUUAGAGGGACUGAAGGCUCCCAGACACGGAUUGCCUGCCAGCCACAGCACGGCGAAGCGGGCGCGGCAGGAGGCGGAGCAGGCCGCCGCACGUCCCCCGGCCGGCCGGCCGGCCCCCCCGCCAUGGGUCGGAAGCGCUGCGUGGGGGGAGACGGCUCCAAGAUGGCGGCGGGUUGCUGCGGGGUGAAGAAGCAGAAACUCUCCAGCUCCCCUCCCUCGGGCUCGGCCGGUCCGGGUGGCGGCGGCGGCUCCCACUGCGGCGGGGCGGCGGCGGCGGGGGGCGAGCCGGGGGCGCUGCCCCCGCCGGGGGGCCCCCGCCUGAACGGCCUCGGGGGGCUGGCGGGGGGCGCCGCCGGCUGCGCCCUGUCCCCGCCGCUGCCGCCCAGCUGUGGCGGGGGCCCCGCCGGCCUCUCCCCGCCGGCGUCCUCGCUGCUCGCCUCCCCCGGCUCCGGCGGGCCCGGCUGCAGGAAGAUGGUGGUGUCGGCCGAGAUGUGCUGCUUCUGCUUCGAUGUGCUUUACUGCCACCUGUACGGAUACCAGCCCCCGCGGAGCCCCCGCUUCACCAACGACCCAUACCCACUGUUUGUAACGUGGAAGAUCGGUCGAGAUAAACGAUUGCGUGGAUGCAUAGGUACUUUUUCUGCCAUGAACCUGCAUUCAGGACUCAGGGAGUACACACUUACUAGUGCCCUUAAAGAUAGUCGUUUCCCCCCAAUGACGAGGGAUGAGCUGCCACGGCUUUUCUGCUCAGUGUCUCUACUCACUAACUUUGAAGAUGUGUGUGACUACAUGGAUUGGGAGGUGGGUGUACAUGGCAUUAGAAUAGAAUUCAUCAACGAGAAAGGAUCAAAGCGCACGGCCACCUACUUACCAGAGGUUGCAAAGGAGCAAGGAUGGGACCACAUUCAAACGAUAGAUUCCUUGUUGAGGAAAGGAGGCUACAAAGCUCCAAUUACUAAUGAAUUCAGGAAAACAAUAAAGCUAACCAGGUACCGCAGUGAGAAGAUGACGAUGAGCUACACAGAAUACCUUGCCCAUCGUCAGCAUCAUCACUUCCAGAAUGGUAUUGGGCACCCCCUUCCAGCAUACAACCAUUAUUCCUGACACUGAGCCGCAUGACCAGUCACUGGACCUCUCUGCAGACCUCUUCCCAGGAGACCCUGCCCCUUCCUGGUCUAGCUAUCUCUAUUACUGUACCAUUUUAUGAUGAUAGUUUCCGUUGCCAUGUUGAGGCUUCAUAAUUGGUUCAGCUCAUCAUGGCAACGGGAGGGAAAACUGCAUUACUACAAAGAUCCCAUACCUUUUUAUUAUUGAUUCACUGCAGAUUUUUUUGCAGCUUAUACCCUUAGGUUUUUUAUGAAAAUUUAAAUUUCUACUUCAUUAACAUUGAAUUGUAUCAAUCAAGGCUUUCUGUAACUGUGGAUGGAAGGAAGAGUUUAAGGAUUGCAGUUAGGGAUGCUUUGCUUAGCAAAAAGGCAUUCAUGGCUUUUGCAUUAAUGAGUGUGAUAGGGAAUGAAACAUAUCAGAUUCAGGUAUUGAAGUAGACAAUUAAUUGCAUUUUCAUAACAUUCUUAAUGAUGUCAUGUGUACAAUGUCUCACCUUCACAGUAAAGAUUCCAUGUAGCUCUGUACAGGAUUUCCAGAUUCAGCACAAACAGCCAGAACACCAAGGCUGACAUACUGAAUGCUUUUUGGGGAUGAAGAGAAGCAACUCAUGUACAGCGAGAGGUGAUGUUAACAUGGCAGCAUUUUCAGAAUCAAGUGGCAUAAAUGAUAGGGCACAAUGCAGUCCAGGAGCCCUUUGUGUCCCAUCCUGUGCUGGGAAUCAUGGGCAGCUGAGGCCUGUCAGGAGAAUCCAUUUGUCAUGAGACUAUGCCUUUCUGAUGACUCAAAUUAGGAGUAACUCAAAUUUGUGUCCUAAAAUCAGGUUGGUGAGUAGCAGAUGUCAUAUUAGGAAGAAAAUGGAGUUAGAUUUUAGUGCCUUUGACUAUAACAUAAUUAUAUACUUAUAUAUAAAAUUAAUAGAAAACUUGUACUCCAGACAUUUUAGCAAACCCUGUUGAGGCUGCUCUGGCAUCAGGGUUUUUGGACACUUUAUUUUCUCUUUAAAGUGAGAUUUAUUUUUUUGUUCUUUCAUCUGCUUUUGAACUUACUGAGUUUUAUCAAGUCAUGAAUAGUUGGAUCAAGUUAACUUUUGUUUAAUAAAAGAAAAAGGACUGUUAUGAGAGAGCCAGGACAAGUAUGCCAUAAUGUUACAUGUUUUCAUCUAUUGCAGGAAUAGUGCUUGAGAGCUGUAAGUACUGUGUAAUAAUUCUGAUACCCUUCCACACAGUAGAAGAAAGAAAUCCAAUUGGAUAUUUCCUGCUGUAAAAAUAGGAUUUAGUAAAAGGUAUGUGUGGUCUAUUUGCAAGGCCAGUUGAUAGAAGGAGCUUACACCUUCCUAAUCUGCCUGAGAAAACCACAGAAAGCAGAAAUUCCUGUUACUUUGAAUAAUGAAUGUUUGUAAAUACAUAGAUAUAUAAAAAUCAAAUAGAUAAAACUCAGUUGCUUUAAAAUAAAUUGGAUUAACUGUAAAAGUUUUUAAAUAGUGCUUCAAAGUCGGAUAAGAAUAAAUUAUGCUCAUCCCUUAUGUGAGGUUAGGUCUGCCACUAGAUUUCUAUGGAGGUUCUUGUAGAAGGUCUUUGGUAUUCCUUCAUCCACAGCAUUAAUGUCCAAAUAUUACCAUUUUCAGUUGCGAUGCCUUAAUUUUUAAGCAGAGGGCCUGAAAUUUCAGGAGCCAAGAGAUGCCAGCCGGAAGCUGCAAAAAUGAGAUGUUUAUACAGAGGCUAUUUUGGAUGAUACUGUUGUCUUGUUUCAACUUGGGGAACACUUUUAGAUUAAUUAGUCUUCAAGUGGAAAUGUGAACAAGUGGCUACCUGAUAGAGUUGUGUUGGUUUUUUUUUCUUGCUCUUAUAGGGAACCUGAGCACAAACUGAAUCAUUCUGCUGUGAAAAAAAAGUCAUCCAACCCCAUCUUUAUCUGUCAUCUCGUUACAGCUCGCUCGUGCUUCUGCAUGAGUUCAUUGUUAGAAGUUUUUUAAAAAGAUCUAUUAUAUAUAAAAAUAUAUAUGUAUUGAAAGGUGCUAAUCAACCUCAAGAAGGUCACGUGACUGGUCAUGCGGAUCUAAAAUCAUAUCAGAUUUUUUAAGAAAUCUUCGAUAUAUGCAGAUGUUAUACAGAAUUUCUUACCAGUGUAAUAAUGAUAUACUGAUGCAUAAACAAUCCUGCAGGAUUUUAAGGACAAGGUCAGCAAUACUUCCCACCAUGGCUUGGGGGAGAAAAGGAUAGUUUUGUCUCCUUUUUGUAUACAGCAUAAUGCACAAUGCAUUUUUGUCUAUCUCUUAGUAGCUGUUGCUUAAAAAAUAUAGUUCAAGGGUGUUAUACAAACUGUAAAGGUGUGCUUUUGAACCGAGCUCAUGCCGGACCCUUCUGGACCAGAGUUUUGUAUCAUUAAUUAAAAAACUGUUACAGAGUCUGUGGUCAAUCAGAUUGUAUUUUUAUUUUUUUUUUAAGAUUGGAAUAAUCAGUCUACCUACAGUGUUUCUAGGGCACCUACCUCCUCAGCACGCCGUGCUGAACUGCUGCAGAUUGUUUCUCUGUAACUGUGGGAUUCUUUGUCCCAAACGUGCAGCUCACUGUGACAUGCACUGGCACAGAAUAGGUCUGUUUGCUUAAAGCUGAUCAGCAAUUCCUCUCACAGAUGUCAUUUGUAACUUUUAGCUGUAUUGUUGGAGUUAGCUACAGAUUUGUUUUCCGUUUGGGGUACUUUAUAGAAAUUAAGGUACAACCACGUAGCUUAUUUCACUGUUUAAGUUGAAAUGCUGAUUUUUACUUUUUUUUUUUAAUGAGCACUACUCAGUUUGCCUAAUUCUUUUGAAGAGAUUGUUAGGUUGGCUUUCUUUUUUUUUUUUCAUUCUCUUGCCUAAUGUUCCUAAAAACUCUGUUCUGUAAACUGAGUUAUACAACCAAACCAUAGACUUGACACGAAGCUGUUACUUGGUGAUGCUUCAAGUGUCCUUCCUGCUGCCAUCCCAGCAGAUGCUGCUCUGGCAGGGGUAGAUGCUCCUGUCCUGACCUCAGCCCUGCUCUGGAACCAAGGUGAGCACAGCCCUGGCACACCUGAAGUUUGUAUAUGGACCUCUAAUUGUCUUCAACCGUGUGGGUUUUUGAAAUUGUUGUCUGGAGUAGGUUACAUCUCUUAUGUAUGUUAGAUCAAACCAAAGAAGCCUCCAGCCAUGCCCAAAUGCUGCUCCUAAAGCCUGCCUUCCAGUCCUUACAAAAUCCCUGCAGGAUUAAAUGUGUUAACUUUUUUUAUUUUUGUACAGUUUCUAACUGAUUUUUGCUAGUAAUGUUAAUUGAAUUAAGUUUAUUUGGGGAGUCUGAGUAUCUCCAUUUAAAUAAACUGGUGACUUUUGUUUUAUGUUAAAAAAAAAAAAAUUAAAAAAAAAAAAGAAACCCAAAGUGUGCCUCUCAGAUUUAAGGGUUUCUGGUUACAUUUAUUCUUCAGACCAGCAAUGAUUCUUUAUAUACAAAGAUAUGUUUUCCUCAUUUUUUAUUACUGUUAAAGAAAAAAAAAAUAAAAAAGAAAAACCUCUUUCUUUGCUCUGGACUCAAUAAUUGCGCUGGUACAUAAACGCACUGAGAAAACAAACUUUUGUUUGAAACUUUUGUAACAACUUAUGACUGUUUUUGUAUCUCAAAGUUGAUUCUUUUCAAGAUAUUUGGAUCUAGUUUCUAAGUUAUUUUAGUGUUUUAUAUGUUACAAGAAAAAAAAAAAACAAAUUGUUCACCAGCAUCUUGAGUUACCUUCAAUGCCAUGGUGACACACGCUGGGCUGGGAGCUACCUGGAGUAGCUUGUAAGGCCUCAGUCUUUUCCUUCCUCCCUUAGCAACUCAGUUGAUUACAGUAAUAUCACAGAUUACCUGAAUCCCCUUCUUUCAUAACUAGAUCCUUCUUCCUUCCACAUUUAAUUGCUAUUAGUGUGAAGAAACUGUUGAAAUGGGCAUUUUAAUAUAAGUAUGGCUUAAAAAGAGAAAAAUGAGGAAAAAUUAAAAAAAAUGCUAGAAGGUUAUCUGUGGGUCUGUGAGAUAUGGCUGUGGAAAGAUAUAUUGUAGUAGUUUUAACACUAUUGUUAUUACCUUUUAAAUCAUUUACCCAAUAAAAUAAGGAAAAAGAAUCACCAUUUCUUUUUAUGUUUCUCUGCUUGUGUGGCUUGGUCAGUGUUUUUAUUGAAGCAUUUCUACCUGGUGUUAAUGUCAAAGGCUAAUAGUGUGUUAGAAAUGUUUUCCUGUCUUUCCCUUUUGUCUGCUGUAGGAACAAACUGGGGACAGUA